AUGGGGACUGUUGAGGAAACUUUAAAGUGUCCUGUCUGCCAGGACCUCUUCACAGAUCCUGUCACACUGCCAUGUGGGCAUGACUUCUGCCUCACUUGUAUCCAGACUGUGUGGGAAACAGAUGGAUCUGAUGAGGUUCCUUACUUCUGUCCAGAGUGUCAGAUAUUCCUCCCAUCUGACCUCACUCUGGACAUAAACACCAGCCUUCAGAAAAAGGUAAAGGACUUCACCACCAACAGGCCGUCAACAGCAGAGCUGAAGACAACGACACCAAGCAGGGCAACCGAAUCAUCUCCAACUAUCCACUGUGACCACUGCAUAGAGACGCCAUCAGUGGCCGUAAGGACCUGUCUGACCUGUGAUGCCUCACUGUGCCAGGCUCACGCCCUGCUGCACCAGCAAAGGUCUGCUCUGAGGGAACACACAGUUGUGGCGGUAACGGGGGAUCCACUGUCUCUGAAGUGCAGGGAGCACCGUGAUGAGCUCAAACUCUUCUGUAUGGAGGAAAGGGUCCCUGUGUGCUGUCUGUGCGUCCUGGUUGGCAUGCAUAAGAACCACAAAGCAUCUCAACUCCAUGAAGCCUGCGCAGACUUCAAGAGUAUGUUAGAGACCACCGUGAACCAGCUGCUGAAGAGGAGAAGUGAAGCAGAACAUGCAAUCAGGGACUUGGAGUCACUGUAUACACAAACAGUGAAGUCUGCUGCAGAUUUCCGAGAGAGAAUCUCAGACAAGUACAGCAGGAUCCGUGUUGUGCUGGAUGGUGAUGAGCGUCUGAUGAUGCAGGUCAUAGAUGCAGAGGAGACAUACAUGACAGAGUGGCUGGAGGCCCAGAGAGCCAUCAUGGAGGCCCAGAUCAAAGAGAUAGACAGCCUCAGAGCCUCCAGCAAAUCACUCCUGCAAGAAAGCAAUGAGCUGCGAUUCCUACAGCAAAUCACAGCACAGAAUCUUUGUGACCCUUUGGAUGUAGCACCGAUCCAGGAAAUAGACAAAGAUCUGUGUGACCUUGAGAAGCUGAGAACAGUAGAGAGGCUGGUGGACGACCUCUCGGUAGCUCUGUCCCAACACUUUCCACGAAUGUGGUCAUAUCUAAGUUCUCCUGCUCUGGACUCAAAGUCAGCCCAUCCAAAACUGGAAAUAUCCCAGGACAAGAAACAAGUGUACUGGAGAAGGCAGCCUGUGAGUGAAGCUCUGAGCCCUCAGCCAUAUGACUCCCAGUACAGUGUCCUGGCUCAGGAGAGUUUUACUACAGGCCAGCACUACUGGGAAGUCAUUGUCCAGGAGAAACCUUACUGGCUAGUAGGUGUGACCACUGGGCCAGUCGAUAAAAAAGAUACUCCAAAUCAGAGUUCCUCCAGCCUGGGUGUGAACAACAAAUCCUGGUGCAUCUACCAUGGAGAUGGACAGUACCUGGCAUGCCAUGAUACCCAGGAGAAGCAGCUGUCAGUGGGAACGAGAGUCAGAAAGCUGGGCAUACUGGCAAAUCUCCAGAAGGGGGAGCUGUCAUUCUACGAUGCUGACGCUAUGACCCUGCUUCACUCUUUCUGUGUGCAGUGCACAGAGCCUCUCUACCCAAUGUUAAACCCAUGCAUUGAUGUGAAUGGACUCAACAAGCAGCCGCUUACCUUGUUUUGGAUCAAGGACCCCUGGGAUUGGCAUGUAAACACAGAUGAGGGAACAGAGGACAACCUUAAAUGACUGCGUUGUGCACCAAGAUUCACUGAUCCACUGAAAUCAAGUUCUGCUGUGGUUGUCACACUUAUAGGACUAUCACUGGUUUACCUGACUGGAUCUGUCCCAGGUGAAACUAAAACUUUGAUGAAGGAAUUCACCUACCUCUACUGUAUGUAUGUUAUCAUAUAGUUCUCAUUACCAGCACCACUGGG